GCCAUCUUGCAUCAGGAAGGGCAUAUGGACGAUGCCCUCUCGCUCACCCGCUGCCAGCAAGAGCAGUCCCAAGCGGCGCGGAUGAUCUACAACACUUCGGGGCUUUAUAACCAGUUCAUCAAAGGCCUGGACACCCUGCUCGGGAAGACCAAGUCCAGCACGCCGGUGACUCUUCCCAUUGAAGGGGUGAUUCUCAGCUUGCAGGAUCUCAUCAACUACUUCCAGCACCCCGAGGAAGAACUCCAGCACGAGGAGAAGCAGACCAAGCUCCGGUCCCUGAAGAACAGGCAGAACCUCUUCCAGGAGGAGGGUAUGAUCUCCCUCGUCUUGAACUGCAUCGACCGCCUCAACGUGUACAGUACGGCUGCCCACUUUGCCGAGUUUGCCGGAGAGGACGCGGCCGAGUCUUGGAAGGAGAUUGUGAACCUGCUUUACGAACUCUUGG